AUGACGCAGUGGAUAAGAGGAAGCGACUCAGCUGCCCGACACCCCGCUCGCGACACCUUGGUGGCGUACUGGCGGCAGGCUGGACUCAGCUACAUCCGGUUCUCCCAGAUCUGUGCAAAAGCAGUGAGGGAUGCCCUGAAGACUGAGUUCAAAGCAAAUGCUGAGAAGACUUCUGGCAGCAGCGUAAAGAUCGUGAAAGUGAAGAAGGAGCAGCCGGCCCUGACUGAAGCAUGAACUGCUGAAUCGUCAAGGUGAAGACAUGUGGGUACCUAUUAUAGCAGAUUGAAAUCAACCUCACCUCCUGGGGACAAAACUACCCUUGUUGAUAAAUUGACUAUGCCAAUAAAUUAACAUGGUUU